CAUAAAACAAAGCUUUCAGAUGCUUAUUUUAAAUAAUAAUUCAAUUCGGUUGCCAUUUCAUCAGUCCCACAUAUUAAUUCUUUCCUGA